AUGAAAAGUUUAGUACAAAUUCCAAUUAUUUCCUAGCUAGCCAUUUAAGCUAUAUUAUCAGUAUAAGUUAAGACUUUAAAUUUAACAAAUAACUUCUUUUUUCUAGUCCUCUUACAUAAUUUCUACUAAAAUUUUUUUGACAUUUUCUUAGAAAGGUGUUGGAAUUUUGGAAUAAUACUUGGAAAAUUAAUAAAUAAUUUUGUGGGCAAAUAGGAAGAGUUAGUAAAUUUUCACUAAAUAUGAAAGAGGUUACAGUCAUAUAAUCAAGUGGAGACAAAACAAUUAAGAUGAGAGUAGCUUAGAGUCAAAAUACUGGUGGAAAUGGAGAGAGAUAUUUUGAAAUGAAGGACAAAUCAAUUUAAGUUGUUGUUGAAAAAUAUAAUUCAGACUUAUUGGUUCAAGAUAUUUAAAUAAAACUACUACCUUAUAAAGUAAAAAAAAAUAGAUAAUAACAAUUUAAAAAAGUUCAACAAAUGAAGAAUGAAGGUUUAGGAACUAAAACAUGUUUAAUUAAUUACUGA